AUGCUUACGUCAUGCGUACUCAUCGAGAAAAUCAUGUUGCGAAUCGCCUCAGAAUGGGAGCGUAUGGAGGCAAUGUGGAAGAAGGAGAGGUCGAAGAUGGCAGGCAAUCCUUCAGCGGAUGAGCUGCAGAUCAUCGAGCAAUGGCUCACACAUGCAGAACGUCGAGUAAAGGCUGUCAACGAAACAGGAUUCAAAGUGCUCCUAGACGAGGGCAAUGGUCACAAAGCUCGCCUGGUGGAACUUGGUUCCAGUAGUGGUGUCGAGGAUGGAGCCCGAAUCACGCAUCUCUCAGGUCGAAUCGAAGAAUUUCUGCACUAUGUGAAGACAAGGAUGAACCGAUCGCAACGUAUUCAGGCGUUCUUCCAGUCGGCUCAGACGGUUAGCGCCAUCCUCCUCAUCGUUCUCUCUUCUAUUUUUCUAGCACUGAGUGACGUACUCAUCAGCCGUGUGUAG